GUGCGGGCUGCCGGCAUCUCUCGGAGAAUCUCGCCUUCCGCCGCUAGUGAAAAGACACCGGCGGGAAUUUGAUUUUCUUCCCGCGAAUUGCCUUUUUGGGGGUGGAGCGGGAGGGAGUGUGGAAAACCAAGCGCUGGGACAUGGACAGCCGCUUGCAGGAGAUCCGGGAGCGGCAGAAGCUACGGCGACAGCUCCUCGCGCAGCAGUUGGGAGCUGAAAGUGCUGACAGCAUUGGUGCUGUGUUGAAUAGCAAAGACGAGCAAAGAGAAAUUGCUGAAACAAGAGAAACUUGCAGGGCAUCCUAUGAUACCUCUGCUCCGAAUGCAAAACGUAGGUAUCAAGAUGAAGGAGAAACGGAUGAAGACAAAAUGGAAGAAUAUAAGGAUGAACUUGAAAUGCAACAAGAGGAAGAGAAUUUGCCUUAUGAAGAAGAAAUUUACAAAGAUUCAAGUACUUUUCUUAAGGGAACACAGAGUUUAAACCCCCACAAUGAUUACUGUCAACACUUUGUAGACACCGGACAUAGACCUCAAAAUUUCAUCCGGGAUGUAGGUUUGGCUGACAGAUUUGAAGAAUACCCUAAACUGAGAGAGCUCAUUAGGCUGAAAGAUGAGUUAAUAGCUAAAUCUAACACUCCUCCUAUGUACUUACAGGCAGAUAUAGAAGCCUUUGACAUCAGAGAACUGAUGCCCAAAUUUGAUGUGAUUCUCCUGGAACCCCCACUAGAAGAAUAUUACAGAGAGACUGGCAUCACUGCUAAUGAAAAAUGCUGGACUUGGGAUGAUAUCAUGAAGCUAGAAAUUGAUGAGAUAGCAGCACCCCGGUCUUUUAUUUUUCUCUGGUGUGGUUCUGGGGAGGGGCUGGACCUUGGAAGAGUGUGUUUACGCAAGUGGGGUUACAGAAGAUGUGAAGAUAUCUGUUGGAUUAAAACAAACAAAAAUAAUCCUGGGAAGACAAAGACUUUAGAUCCAAAGGCUGUCUUCCAGAGAACAAAGGAACACUGCCUUAUGGGAAUCAAAGGAACAGUCAAGCGCAGCACAGAUGGGGACUUCAUUCAUGCUAAUGUGGACAUUGACUUGAUUAUCACGGAAGAACCAGAAAUUGGCAACAUAGAAAAGCCUGUGGAAAUUUUUCAUAUCAUCGAACAUUUUUGUCUUGGUAGAAGACGUCUUCAUCUAUUUGGAAGAGAUAGUACAAUUCGACCAGGCUGGCUUACAGUUGGACCGACUCUGACUAACAGCAACUACAACGCAGAGACCUAUGCCUCCUACUUUAGUGCCCCCAACUCCUACCUGACGGGCUGUACGGAAGAGAUUGAAAGGCUGCGCCCCAAGUCACCACCUCCCAAGUCCAAAUCUGACCGGGGUGGUGGGGCCCCCCGGGGGGGCGGCAGGGGUGGCACCUCUGCAGGCCGAGGCCGGGAGAGGAAUCGCUCCAAUUUCCGAGGGGAACGGGGUGGCUUCCGUGGCGGCCGUGGGGGUGCACAUAGAGGGGGUUUCCCUCCUCGGUAACUCCUGGGCAAGAUGCUUGCCGAGAUGUGGGCCGGGCCAUGUCCCUUUUCUCUCUCCUCUCUUCUCUCCUUUUCUCU